UACAUUAUACGAAAUUUAUUAUGAUACUACGAAUUGAAUUAUUAGUUUUUGUGAUAGUUGCAUUGUUUUUUCGAAACUCAUGUGCUCAGUAUCCAAAAGAACCAUGUCCUGAUAUAUUUCAAUAUGAAAAUUCGGAUGGCCUUAAUUUUGGAAAACUAGCUCUAGAUUUGGGCUUUGGAGUAACGACGACGCUGGAACUUAAACUAUCACAAACCACUCUCUCAAACCCGGCUGUCACCGAAAAAAUCGAUUUGGAAAUUGACAUAAAUGAUGUUCACAAUUAUAUGGCGACAGAAAAGGCAGUUCCCUUAAAAGUUCAUUUUCAAUAUCCAAAUGUUUCUCCUUUAGUCACAGCCAUUCGUGUUAAUGGUGCUACACUAUGUUCUGGUCCUAGAGUUCCACCUGAAGCAGCUGGAAAUCUAACUGUUAACGAUUCAGAAAAUUCACUAUCUUCAAAAGGAGAAGAUGGUCCAAUGAAAAUUUCUUCAGCGUCAACAAUAGCAUCAACAAAAAUUACAGAUGAAAAAACACAUUUAAUUACAACAUCAACACCAUCAUCAUCUCCACUUCCUCAAUUUUUUAAACAUUUACGCCGCCGUUCUAAUACACCAACUACACCAACAACCAAAGAUUCGGUCUAUAAUGACUCGAAAACUAUACCGUCUUCCCUACUAAGUCCAACUUAUUCAACAACAGGAUCACAAUCUACAACAACACUUCCUCCCUUUUUGAAAUUAUUACGGCCUCGACUUAACACGCGCGAAGCAACUACAACUAAAAGUAGGGUUAAUAAUUAUUCAGAAGGUUCACCAUUUUCUGAUCAAGAAAGCAUUUCAGUGUAUGAAACAAACCCUAACUCAGAACAGUCAACAAUAGCAACCGUACCAAUAACAACAACAAUUUCACCUCAACUUCCCAGUUUUUUCAACGUACUAUGCCGCAGCUCUAUUGAACCAUCGUCUAAGGCCAACAGAGGAAGACUUGUUUUGGACAUCGAUAUUAAUGAAAUUUACAACUAUAUCGAUACACAAAAGGAAGUUCCCUUUCGAGUUCAUUUUCAAUAUCCAAAUGUCAUUCCCCAAGUUACAGCUAUUCGUGUUAAUGGUUUAACAAUAUGUUCUGGUCCUAGGGUUCCUACCACACCAAGCUCAAGAGUUUAUUUCAGUCGAACUUUAACAAUUCCAGAGCCUAAGUCAGGUCGCAGGUUUAAUCCUCCAUCAAUAGCUACAACUCCGGAAAAUCCAACUACUCCAGAAGUAACGACAACAACAACACCUGCACCAACAACAACAAGAACAACAACAACUACGCCACCAGCAACCACAACUAUACUUCCAAGCUUUUUAAGAAGAAAAAGUCCUUUGGAACACAUAAAAACGGUGUGUGGUCAGGAGAAUUCUGUAACCUUGCAAACCAAGAAACUUACACAUUUUGGUGAAGAUAUUCCCAGAGCAAGGUUUCCUUGGAUUGUUGCACUAUAUAGAAAACAAAACAAUGGAUUUCAUUUCAAUUUCAAUUUUAUUUGUGGUUCAAGUCUGAUUUCACCUAGCACAGUAAUCAGCGCAGCUCAUUGUUUCUAUGAUUCAUUUUACUUAAUUAGACAUGAGGAAAUUUUAGUAUCGUUGGGGCGACAUAACCUUACCAAUUGGUCUGAUUCGUACAUAGUUCAGAGAGAUGUUGAACGAAUUAUUCAACAUCCGGACUACAAUCCGGAACUUGAUAAAGCCGAUGCAGAUGUUGCAUUGAUACGACUUAAAGAACCUGUCACAUUCACAUACGCAGUACGACCGAUUUGUUUAUGGGAUGGAUCAUUGCCAUUAGAUGUUCAAGAUAUUGUUGGCGCUCGAGGAGUUGUUGUCGGCUGGGGUCGUGAUGAGAAUAAUAAUAGUAUAACAACUUCACCGAAAUUAGUUAAUGCCACCAUUGCAUCGGAGAUUUCAUGCUUAAAUUCUAGUAGUACAUUUUUCGAUUUAACUUCAAAUCGUACCCUGUGUGCGGGUAACCGCGAUGGAUCUGGUCCAUGUAAUGGUGAUUCGGGAAGUGGUUUAAUGAUAUACAUACGAAAUAAAUGGAUGUUAAGGGGAAUAGUAUCAAUUGGUUUAUCGAAUCAAAAUGAUAGACAAUGUAAUUUAAAAGAAUAUGUUGUAUAUACAGAUAUUGCACAGUUUCUUGGAUGGAUUUAUGCAAAUAUUUUGUGAAAUAAAAAAAAUAAAGAAUUUUAAUUGUAAAUUAGACAAUUAAUUAAAAAAAAGGAAACAAACAAACAAAAUAUUUAAAAAAAUGCAAAAAUACAACAACACAUACCGGUACUUCUAUGUGCCAAUUUUUUUUUUUAUUCAUUUUUUUAUAAGAAAGAUUAUAGAAAAAAAUUACUUUUAAGAAUCUGCAUGGGUCCAGUAAGUUAGUUAAGAAGGAAAUGUAAUGGAGCAAUUUUGGGCCGUAUUUAAAAAAAAUCAGUUUGACGUUUAUAAUGCAGUUAAAUUUAUUAUUAGAAGCGCACUUCUAACUUGAUGCCAAAUGCAUUGUUCUGUUGUUGCACUUAAAACUUAAGACAAGAAUAUCUCAAAGAUCCUAUAUACAAAUUUUUGGAAGUUUUUGCUGCUUGAAUGAAUUAGUUUUGUAGUUUGUGCCACAAGUCUUAUAGUUUUACAUAUUUGGCCCAAGUUCCAUAUAAUUUUGCCCAUCUCCUGUUUGAUAAGUAAGAGAGUUUUUUUUUUUUUUUUUAAUC